AUGUAUAUAGAAAGAGAGGAAACCAGAAUGAUAGUAGAAGAAAAGAAAGCCCAAUAUGAAAUAGUAAAAGAUGGAGUUUAUUCAGAUUAUACAGUAAUCAACCGACACACCGAUUAUUGCCCAUUUGUAGUAUGCUGGAACUUCGAUAUUGAAACAUAUCAGUGGGACCAAGGACAUUACUACAAUGAUGAAGCCAGUGCAAUGUGCGAGUUUUACCACAAAGAGAAAGAAGCCAUAGAUUAUAUAUUAGAAACCGAAUAUCUUGAUUUGCCAGAUUUAGAAGAGGGAGAGUAA